AUGGCAGCACCGACAGAGCAGCGUAUAGCCGUACCCAUCGACGACCCCAAUGCAGAUACGGAGUGGAACGAAAUUCUGCGGAAACAUGGAGUCAUACCCGAGAAACCCCCAUCCCCCACUCCCAUGAUCGAGGAGGCUAUACUCGAAGGCAGGAGAAUCGCACACGAGAACCGGCUAGAAGGCAAGGAGCUCGACGAGCUCGACGAGCUAGAAGACCUUGAAGACGAAGCUUUCCUCGACUCCUAUAGGCAGAAGAGGAUGCAAGAGUUGAACGCUCUGACCAAGAAAUCCCUACAUGGCGCCGUUUAUCCCAUAUCAAAACCCGACUACCAGCGAGAAGUCACCGAAGCAUCCAAGAACGGGCCAGUUUUUGUCAACCUCGUCUCUUCCAUGGGCACCAACAUAGAAUCCAGAGUCUUAUCCGAGCUCUGGCGGCAAGCAGCCAAGGAAUACGGCGACGUCAAGUUUUGUGAGAUACCAGCCUCCAAGGCAAUCGAGAACUAUCCGGAUCGCAACUGCCCUACCAUUCUGGUGUACAAGAAUGGCGAUAUUGUGAAACAGAUUGUUACGCUCAUGACCAUAGGCGGCGUCCGUGUCAGCAUGCUGGAAAUAGAUAACAUCUUGGUUGAGGUUGGCGCCGUGGGGGAGAAGGACAUGAGGGUAGUCAAAAGAAAGAGAGAUGCCGAGGACGCCAAAGAGGAACGACUUUCGGGCAGGGCUGGCAUCAAAAGUGGUAAUCUCAAACACGCUACAAUGGAGGACGACGAUGAUUGGGAGUAG